UUAAAAAAAAAAAAAAAAAAAAGAAGAAGAAGAAGAAAAGAAAAAAGAAAAGAAGAGAAAACCUAGCCCUAACCCUAACCUUAAAUGGACUACGAAAGGAUUCUGAAGCCCUCGCCUCAGGGCGGCGGGUUCUCCCCUCGCAAGCUCAGGGCCAUGCUGUUAGGCGUCGAGAAGAAGAGGAAAGAAGAAGUAGAAGAGGACGAUGAAGAUGGAUUAGACCCAGGUGGGAGCUCUGCUGAUGAGUUCAGGGAUGUGAACAUGGUGAGCUCGGUUCAGAACCACAAUGUAGCCAUUCCUAGGGCUAGAUCUCUCGAGGACGAUGCUCUAGGGUUUGAGUUUCAUAAGGCACGGUCGUCGAUGAUGCCUGGGUUCUCGAAACCGGCGCCCUCGAAGUGGGACGACGCGCAGAAGUGGAUUGCCAGCCCAAACUCGAAUAGGGUUGUCAAAGGGAAGAAGAGUGGGAGGCAGAGUGUGACUAAGGUUGUGAUGGAGGUUAAGGAGGAUGUGGAUGGUAAAAGAGUUGAUGGGAGUGAGAUUAAGAGGGAGAUUGGAGAGAUUAAAGGGGGUGAUUGGGAGAGUGAGGUUUGUCAUCCGGGAGUGGAUUCGUGUGCUAAGAUGCCGAUGAUUGUGGAGAGUUCUAUUUCUAAGUCUGCUGCAGUUAACCUUAGUCGGCAUGGUACAUCUACAACAGCUCAAACUUCCACAACAUUUGUAGAUCCCCCAUCAACAGUUAGGUCUGUCUCGAUGAGAGAUAUGGGCACAGAAAUGACACCUAUUGCUAGUCAAGAACCAUCUAGGACAGGAACUCCUAUAAGAGCAUCAACACCAAUACGCAGUCCAUCUUCAUCUCGACCAACAACACCACGAAGAACUGCCUCUAGUUCAGUUCGUAUCGAGUCAGCUAAUUUUCAUGUAGCUAAAGAAAGGGAGUUAUCUGAAAAGGAGUUGCAGAUCAAAACUAGAAGAGAGAUAAUGAUGCUUGGUACACAACUAGGAAAGGCAAACAUUGCUGCAUGGGCAAGCAAGGAGGAAGAGAGAAAUGCACCCUCGUCAUUGGUGCCAAUAGACCAACCAGUUAAAGAUGUUAUUCAAAGCUGUGCAGCGGCCUGGGAGGAGGCAGAAAAAGCAAAAUACCUAGCCAGGUUUAAAGAAGAAGAGAUAAAAAUCCAAGCAUGGGAAAAUCAUCAGAAAGCAAGAAGUGAAGCUGAAAUGAGGAGAAUUGAGGUUGAAGUUGAAAGAAUGAAGGCUUACGCACAUGACAAGCUCAUGAGCAAGUUAGAAGCUAUGAGGCACAAGGCUGAGGAGAAACGUGCAGCAGCAGAAGCUAAAAGAAACCAACAAGCUUCAAAAACAGCUGAGCAAGUGGAUUAUAUCAAAAGAACGGGGCGAGUUCCAUCCUCAUUUUUUUGCUGGAGCUGCUGUUUCUAGUUACUUCCUACAAAAGGCAGCUAUCGCUUGGUAGGUCUAAUCUUUUAAAUUUCUGAUUUUUCAGUGACACUGAAUGUGAACCCUUUUAGAACAUCGGCCUGUACAUAUUGUAUGUAUUUCACAUUUGUGUAUGUUUACUUGUUGAACAUCCAUGGGAGAAUUCUACGUUAUACUGACCCUCAUUUAAUAUCUAAGACUUAAUAUUUUUCGCAGAAAUGAAAUAAGAUGUUACCCUUUUCCA